AUGUGGCAACCCGUCCCUCUCCCCUACAUAACCGACAAGCACCCCGUCACCCUACCCACCCCCUCCGAGAUCCGCGCCUGCACCGAUGUCUUGGACACACGAAGACGGCUGGGGAGAGUCGUCGCGAUCGACGACCGCGUGGUCGUCAAAUUCGGGAAUGUCGCUGAGGGCCAGGCGUUGGUUUAUCUGGAGCGAUACGUUCCUGAGGUGCGUGCGCCGAGACUGUACGCUAUGUACUAUGAUGAAGGCCGGGUUUUGUUGGUGAUGGAGAGGGUUCAGGGGGUGCAGCUGGAGGAGGUUUGGGGGGUCCUGAGCGAGGGGGAGAAGGAUGGGGUGGUGGAGCAGUUGGGGCAGAUUUUGAGGAGGUUGAGAGGUGCUGAGUGUCCCUGGGACGGGGGGUUCCUAGGGGGUGUGGAUGGGGGUGGCGUGCGGCAUGAUCUGUUCGUUAGUGAGCGGGAGGGGGAUCACUGGAAGCAUCUGGGUCCUUUCCGGGAUGAGCGCGCGUUCGUCGAGGCGCUCGCGGGGAACUAUCGCGCGCAUGUCUCGAGGAACGGACAUUCUGGUUUCAAGGCGGGGUUUUGGCAGAGGCAUCUUGGGGAUGUGAUCAGGGGGCAUCGGACGGUGCUGACGCAUGGGGAUCUGCAUCGACGGAAUAUUUUGCUCGUCGAGAAGAGGAGGUGUGAGCGUACUGGGGAGAGGGUUUUCGAGGUCGUGCUGGUCGAUUGGGAGAGCGCGGGCUGGGGACCGGAGUUUUGGGAGUGUUUCUGUGCGUCUGUGUUUUUUCGGGUGGAUGGGUGGGACGAUGAGUGGUGUUUGAGGGUUGGGGAGUUUGCGGGUGUGUAUCUUGCGGAGGCGGCGGUCAUGAGGGAGUUUCAUAGGGAUUUCUUGGGGUGGUGA